AUGGUAAAGAAUUUCGAAGGGAGAGUUUGGGAUGAUGACAGGCAGCCUGGUUGCAUUUGGGGAUUAGUCCAUGCACUUGAUUACCACAAUUGGCACCCUAAUAUGAGGAAGAAGAUAAAGCAGCACAUAUACCAACACCGAAACAAUGUCAAACCCAUCUCGAGGAAAACCUAUUGCCCGGAUAACGAUGAAGCACAAAAGCUUCUAUCUGAAAACGAGACUCCCUACAUUUUUGACGCAGCAAAGAGACUAUCUAUCAAGGCACGCAUAAGAGCAGCAAUGGCUGACAAGACGUACAGGGAAAAGAAAGAAAGACGAAAGAAUAAGGGCUCAUCUCCUAAACCAAAUUUAAAAAGAACAUACUCCAUACACCACCUCCAAUCUCUGGAUGAUGACUCUAUCAGCAGAAUGCACAUAGAUCCAACACACUCCAUCUCUUUCUUCCGUGACAGUAAAACCAGUCAACCAUUUGACCACACGACUCGAGAGGUCUUGGACAUUUUCAAUGUGGAUAAAGAGUUGUUCAGGAAACACCUACAAAAAGACGACAAAGAAAAGUUGACGAAAUCGCAAUCUUUCCCGGGAAGAAAGCUCAAGCCCGUCAAUCUCGAAAGUAAACAGAGAGAAAAUUGGGCAUUCCGUAGAGAGAACAAAUUUCAAAAUGUUAAUGAUGAAGAAAAGCGUGCUUGCGUAGAUGGGUCGUCAGUCGUUAAAUAUACUCAUAUGCUGAAUGUCUCUAAGAGCUUGAAAUUGAGAAGCGAAUACACAAGUCGUGAGCCUACACAGUUGAGAAGGAUACAGUCUCUAUCGAGCCUUGAUUUUUACUAUCCUAAUCAAGAUUCGGAUAGCAUACUUUCGACUGCAAAUAAUGAUGAUAUGUUAGAUGGUUUGGAAGAGAAAAAGGAGAAAUGUAAUUCCUUAUGUUCAGAUAUCCAAGGCACAUACUUUCCAAUGGAAGCAGAAAAGCUGGACAGGUCCGAGAAUGCGAUGACAUGGCAGUCAGUGGAAGAAGGCAGGGCUGAGAAGAAGGUGGUGGAUUUUGAUGUGGUGAAGGAGGUUUUGGUGGAGCUCUAUGAUGUGUGGAAGUUGGUGGAUGUGGAGGCUGACCAGAGAUGGAUGAACCUCCAGCUAGACACGGAGAGUGUUUCACUUGAGCUCGAGGACAUCAUAUUUACUCAGCUUCUACAGGAGAUCAUUUAUUUCUGA